AUGAAAUCUUUCGUGUUAAUGUUAAUUUUGACUGCAACAUUUGCCGAACAAAUCAAUAAAAAGAAGGACAUCGAAAAAAAGCCUUUGUGUGAAAGAAUCGAUGUUCAUGGGAAGCCUCACGUGGAGUUAACGGUAAUAAAUGGGGUAAAUCGACCAUACCAACUGUCUUAUUACAAGACACAAGCACACGGCGACUUAGUCUACUUCAGCUACAACGUUGGACGGCAAAAUGAAAGCUCCUUCAAGAUUGGUUACGUACUAGAAAAUGGGUACGUACCAACACCGGUAUCGGCCGUAAAAGACGGCUUCGCAACAGCAAUCAAUUAUGCAGACCACGUCAUUUAUUUAGGAGGAAGUGAGGGAAUCUACGUUCAAGAUCUCAAGCUCCGUGGACAAUCUGAACCUCAUUUGCUCAUUCCGAAAAGAGAUAUUUGGGACCUCUUCUUCAAGGAUCACCUGUAUUUCAUAGAGUUUCCAUCAAGAAGGUUGUACAAGGUCUAUGCUCAUAAUAAAACCGAAUCGGUACAGUCACACAUUCAUGAGAAAUUAUACCAUUUUGUGAUCGACGGCGAUGGAGAUACCUUCUUAAGUAAUAAGUCAGGGUUAUACAUGAUAAGGAAAGACACACACCAUAGCGUUCAUAUAACAGGAGCAAAAGUUUUCCGCGCCUUCGAGGUGAAUAGGAAAGGUGUGGCUUAUUUCUGUGGAAAGAACGAGAUUUAUGUCGCCGAUAAAGAAAAGCAUUCACUCGUAGAAAUUGCUUCUAUCAAGAAUAUUUUUGGAUUAACGUUUGAUUACGACGAUAACAUGUACUUUUCUGAUCCACAUAGAAUUGUGAAAUUGUUACCUAAUAAUUGUACCUCUAGUGUUGACCACAAGACACCGAAUGGGACACCGAAAUAG